AUGUUAAGUUGUAUGACUUUUGUAUUCUGCUCACUGCUGGAGCUUGCCUGGGUUGGCUACUUGAGCCGCGAAGAAGUGGAUCCGCCGAAGUCAGUGACCAUAAACACUGCAAAAGUGUCGCCAUGCGUACAUCAGUACAGUGAUGGUGUCAAGCCAAAGACCAGCUCUACUCCACUCCACAAUCGCUAUGAAACAAAUUCCAUCGUUCCCAGGUUUGACAUGAAUUCUUAA